AUGCGCACCGACGUCGCCUGUGUUUGUCUCGGGCUCGGUCUCAUGCUUGUCCUUGGCCCUGCCGCGGUGCUCGUGGCUGGCAUCGAGGUGCUCGUGUCCAUCUUCUCGUUCGUGCUCCUCGCAUCGCUCCAGUCGACGUACGAGCUCCUCACCACGUUCCACUGCCAUCUCUCGAGCGUCCCACUGCUUUAUGUCCUCGGAAAGCAACCGGAAAAACGACGGCCGACUUUGCUGGACGCCGGAUUCCGCCCUGACGCGGUGCGGAAGCUGCCCCCCGCCGCCUACCUGCACACAACCUAUGCGGUGGACACGAGUAUCGCGGAAGAGCUCGGGACGCUGGUCAACAUUGUCGUGCGCGACAGUGUCGCGAGUUGGUACAAGCAGCUUACGACCGACGACUCGUUUCUCGCCGGUGUCAAGCUCGUUCUCUGCGAUAUCCUCGGCACGUUUGCGCAGCGCUGCAUGCGGCAUCUUCAGUACCAUAGCGCCAUGGCGCUAGCCACCGACGCUGUCGAACUCGUGCGCCUCCACCUCGCCGCGUUUCGAGACAUGUACGCCGCACUUAUGGCCGCACACUCGAUCGAGUUUGACGAACGAAACAACGUUGACGCCCGGCGCCGGCGGGUGCUCGAGUACAUUCGCCACUCGCCCACGCCGACACUGCACCGCGGCUGCCACGACAGUGGCUACCUCAAGCACCUCUCGCUACAAUUGCUCACGGUGUGCCGACCCGACGCCGACCCGCGCCGCGACCAUAGCACCUUGUUCUCCCUCGGAGCGCUCACGUCGCAUUUUCUCGCCGAAAUGAUGGCCAAAUGCAUUUUGGAGCCUAUACUCGCGUACAGUGAGCCCAAGUAUAUGAAUGCGCUACUGGUGGCAUCGCUGCCACCGGCGCGUCCGCUCAGCGACAGCGACAGCGGACACUCGUACUACUACGCCGCAUCAACGACCAAGCGCUCGACAACGUGGGACGAAGCGGACCUUGCCAAGCUCUGGCCCGAGUUGGAGGCGUCGUCGUCCAUGUUACUGACAACAUGGGCGGCAGAGCCACAUCCACCAUUGCUUCGGUCCAAUAUGUCUUUGUCUACGAAGACCAGCGCCACGAAGAAGAAGACGAGCCCACUACCGUCGUUGAUGAAGAUGAAGGCACGCUUUCGUCGCCUGCAUUCGACCAACAAUAGCAACAAAGCGCUGGCCGACGAGCCGAUCGUCGACGCGAUGGCGUCAUCGGCCGGGGACGCGGUCGUCGCCACACUCACCACUGCCGUCGACGCCAUGGUGCGUCUCCUCGACAGUUCGUCCGAGGCGCGUACGAGCGGUCGCAGCGCCGAAGUGCACAGCCUCCUCUCCGCCCUCGAAAAAGUGCUCCUCUUUGGUCUCCAGCCAUCGGCCACGUACUGGACGUACCUUGUGGAGCCGCGACCGGAAAUCACGUUCUGGAAGUCCCGCAUUGACACUGUGCUGUCGCUGCCGUCAACGACACCGAGCUAUGAUUUGUGCUGUGCGCGCGGGUUGCAAUGGCUGUUGCUCUGCCUCGAAGACGGCGAGCUCUGGGCGUACUUUACUGCGUUUACGCUCACGACGUCGCUCACCGAGAUGUACUACGAGCCAUACGCAAUUUUACGCGACAAGCAAGCCAUGGAGAAGGUGCUGCAAGUGCUCUUCCGCCUCAGCACACAUCCGUGGGAAAGCGACUUGGGCAGUGUCCUUGGCCGUCCCGAUACGUUGCCCAUGGAUGGCAGCAUGGUCCUCGACGUGGCUUGUGAGACGGAGCGAUACUUGCCGCUGCAAGGCUGGGUCAAGUCAAGCGACAAGCGCAAGCGCGUCGACGUCCUUCCGUCGUCCGAGUGGAUCUGGACGAGCGAGUGGCAGCUCGAAGGCGACUGGCAGUACGCAAAGCUUUCGAAAGACGGCUUCCACGACACGGAGCGGUCCCUCGACUGCGUCCGGCGGCGCAAGUGGGUGCGAGAACGCUGCACCCGGCCGUAUGUACUCGCGCCAGAGGACGUCGGGGUGUCCCAAGUGCAGUUGGACGUCGCCGUCGAGACCCUUGAAGCGUGUGGCGUGUGCCACCGCCAAGUGCGACACGACGCAAGCAAGGACGAUGCCGCCUUUGAGUGCCCCCUGUGUCAUCGACAGUGCUGCUUUGCAUGCAGCAACCACUGCAUCCAUGAGGAUACGAAUGGCGACCAGCGCGUCUGCAAUGCAUGCUACGAGCUCAACGCGGCCCGUCGCCGGUUGCGUCUGACGAUUCCGCGCGUCAUUUCCAUCACGGAAGCCGGAGGCAACAACGAGACAGGUCGACGCUUUCGCAUUGACGUGGUGCACACUGGAUCGGGCACGGAAUGGUCGCUCGCCAAGCGCUGGGUCGACGUUGAAGUGCUUUUGGCCGCACUCGAAACCUCGGGGGACGUCGACAUGGGACAACUGCGUCGCCUCUCUCUCGACAAAAGAACCGCGGACGAGUCGGAGGCGAGCAUCCUACAUCGCGUUUUGCUCGACGUUUUGCAGUGCGAAUCGUUGUGCCAGAACCUCUAUGUACAGCAGUUUUUCUUGGACGCCGACUUGAAGGCUCCGUCAUCGGCGAUCCCCCCCGUGACGCCCCCCCGCGCCAAGCUCGGCCAGCUCCAUUUGCAGAGGCUCGAACUGCAGGUGUUUCAAACCCUCGACGAAGUGUUUGAGCUCGAUGAAGUCGCGCGCCUUCGUCGUCACGCACUGACGCUGACGCGCACGUUGUUCCGCGUGUCGCUCAAUGCGACUUGCCACCGCCUGCUCGGGGCUCAGUUUGCCGAGUGGACGCAGCCCAAAAAGGUCGCCAGCGUGCUGUUUGGCCUCCGCGCCGCCGUACUACCGGCGGACGGCGUUCGCAGCCCGCCCGAGACGCCCCCCACAGCAAAUGAGAUGACACUGCAAAUGUUUGCUUGCCGAGACGCGCUUCUACAUGCGUGUCCGAGCGUUGUUGCGUCGCUCCUUGGGGAGCCCGCGGCGCGUAAUGGGAGCCUCAAGGUUUUUGAGUUUCUGCAGCAUGAACUCCUCGUCAAGAGCCUUUUGCUCUCGCUGCUGGACCUUGUCGUUACACGGCUUUUUCCCGAAGUCAAACCCGGCGCCCCCAAAGCGGCUUUGUUUACAUGACAAUAUGUU